CCUCUCUCUUGUUUUCUUGCUCCCUUGCUUGUUAUUUUGGACGUAGCGCUUUUUAAAAACUAGACCCCAGUUUUUCUCCAGCCCAACAUCGGAUUUCAGCCCCAGCGCAGUUUCAUUAUGCCACUUCUUUUCAGAAUAAACUGCUUUGAUCGCAAAUUUUCAUCCGAAUACCCCCGUCUUUUUGUCAUCCGCGGAGAAUUUCGCCCAGGUCUGACCCAGUUUUAGUGCUUUUGCCUCCACAGCCUCCCAUGUGUUAGUGCGAGACGUCAGUGGAGAUGUUUUCGGCAGGAGAGGAGGUUAAUUCCCAUUUGUUUACCUCCCUGAAGGAGUCCCGUGGAGCUGCAAUCUCCCCAACACUGGAGCUCAGCCUAACUACCAUCUACACCGUCCUCUACUCCUUCUUGUUUGUUUUCGUUUACCUGCAGCUCUGGCUUAUUUUGCACUACGGGCACAAGCGCUUCAGCUACCAGAGCGUGUUUUUGUUCCUGUGCUUGCUGUGGGCAGCGCUGAGGACGACCCUCUUCUCUUUCUACUUCAAAAAUGUGGUGCAGGCCAACCAGCUGCAGCCUCUGGCCUACUGGCUCCUCUACUGCUGCCCUGUCUGCCUGCAGUUCUUCACACUCUGCCUCCUCAACCUCUACUUCACACAGGUGAUGUUUAAGGCUAAAGCCAAGUAUUCCCCAGAGCUCUCCAAAUACAAGGUUCCUCUGCGUUUGUUCUUCCUGUGUCUCAGUAUAUUUUUCCUGGUGGUGAAUCUGACUUGUGCGCUGCUGGUGCAAGGAGCCCUGGAGCGUUCUGAGUCACCCAGUGACGGGGGUGUGAGACAUGCCGUCCUGGCCCGGGUCCUGAUCAACGACAGUCUGUUCGUCCUGUGCGCCGUCUCUCUGGCCGUCUGCAUCUUCAAGAUUGCCAAGAUGUCCUCCGCCAAUGUUUACCUCGAGUCCAAGGGUACAUCGGUGUGCCAAGCGACGGCCAUAGGGGCCGUGGUGAUUCUGCUCUACACAUCCAGAGCCUGUUACAACCUGGUGGUGGUGGCCCUGUCGCCACAGGACAGACCCAGUCCCUUUAACUACGGCUGGUACAGCGUUUCUGAUCAGGCCGACGUGCAGGAGAUCAGCGGUGAAGCCUACAUUGUGUUUGGGAUCAUUCUGUUCUUCUGGGAGCUGCUGCCGACAAGCUUGGUGGUGGUUUUCUUCCGAGUCCAGAGACCCAACCAGAAUCUGGCGCCAGGUGGGAUGAUCAACAGCCACAGUUUCAGCUCCAGGGCUUAUUUCUUCGACAACCCUCGACGGUACGAUAGUGAUGACGACCUGUCCAGAAGCAUUAACAGCAGGGCCGAUCGGGCCAGUCUCCUCUCCACCACUCCCCAGCUGGGCACAUCCACAUGGUACGGUUCCAUCCAGCGCAACGGGACUCUGACGGCGGGCGUCGCACCCGCCCAGCAGCCGCCACCAUCGUCCACAGCCCCCCUCCUGUUCGCCUACGGAAACAUCCAGAGUCAUCACCACCACCACCACAACUACUACUCCACCCCGCAGAACAACAACUACCACCACCACCACCACAGUAACUUCUACUCCACGCCACAGAAUUAUUACUGCGGGUCACAAACGUAUUUCUGCACCCCGCAGAAUUAAGCCAUCGUGAAUGAUUGAAAAAGACAGACUAAUAGCUAAUUUCCUGCGUUUUCGUCGCCGUUUUUGCUUUCCCGGAUGCAUCAAAGCAGGUACUCCUGAGGCAUUGCUCUGGAUCAAACUUGGUUCAACGUGGGGGCCAUCAGCAACUGGGAAGUUUUGUCGAGACUAACUGUUUUUUUGUUUAGGACACCCACGUCGUUAAAUGGCAUGUGUGGACCAGAAUGAAAGCAAGGGCAGGCCAUGCACUAGUAUGGCUAAUACACCUAGAACUGCGAAGACCAAACUCUUUCUGUUAACUAUUUUGGCCAGAAUAGUUACAUACCUGAGACUGGAUUCACCAGGGACUAGAUAAUCAUCGCUCUCAUCCCCCCUUUUCCUUGUAAAUUUCAUCCAGUUGUACUUCUAUGGAACGUACCGUUCCGGUCAGACAGGAGGCAGUGUAGCAGACUUGUCGAGCUAACGUGGCUAAUGCCAAAGCCGCGUGGACUGCCAGCCAGCAGUUCUGGAUUCAAAGACAUUACGUUCACUCAGCGUUUGUCAAACUGUUACUUGGGUUUGUCAGCAAUCAGUUGUAGGACUGUUUCCAGUGGGCGAUCAAAAAAGGGGAAUUUAGCCCGAAAGAGAACAGCGAAGGAUGCUAGUCUCCUAGCUUAAUCCUCAAUCCUCCAAAAGGCUUUUCUGACUAUGAAAACCAAAUGAUGUGCAUCUACAAAGGGCAUUUCAUGGCGUUUCUCACUGCUAGGUCAGGUUACGUAUGACAGGAAUUAGCUGUUGCUAAUUUGCCAGGGGCUGUUGUAGCAGGGAGAGCUAGCUUCAAGCCAACACUUAGCAGUUAGCUUAAACCCACAAUGUGUUUAUCCAAGAAAAUUCUUGAAAAUUAGUUGUACAAUCGCUGUCAGCAAGCUUGAGGCUUCAGCCGACCUGCUCGGUCCUGCUUUACUGGAUUCUGGUUUAGUUUGACAUGUAAAAUGCGCUUUUUACAAUAUUCAUUACUUACUGUAAUCAAAAUACCGGUCAAUUUAUCUCAGUGUUCGCAGCUAUCAUCCAUGUAAACUGCUUACAGCCGCGAAAUAAAUGUGAAACUUAUAUGUAGCUGCCAUAUGGGUGUUAUUAUCAAUCUGAAUAGCACAAGCUUGGUCAAUAUGUCAAUGUGUAAAAACCAUCAAAUACGUUAACACAGUUUGUGGUGGAGAUACAGUUGCAACAAAUGACUUUGGCUCAGACUCAGGCUUUAACUAAAUUUGCUCGGUCACGAGAGCGUGCCAGUGCUGUCGGAUGAAGGUUUCCUUCCCCGCAAUUAUACAGUGGGAACUGUGUGAAGACCGAAGACAGCGGUGCCAAACACUGUCAAGUUGUUGAAUGUUGGGUUUUAGAAACAUAUCAUAGAUUUACUCUGCAGCUUCAUGAUCAGUCUCAUUUGGGAUCAAAGCAGCAACAUGGAAUUCAUUGGAGCAGAAAUCAGCUUCAGGAUUGUUCAUUAACAGGGCGGAAGUGUCUCCGGAACGUAUCUUUGACCAAAACCCGUUCACGUAAUCUGAUCCCUUGUGAGCUGUGAGGCAACAAUUUGCACUUAGGAGACGUUCACCUUCAGAGAAAAGGCUUUAGGCCUGAAUGUAGGAUCUCAUCUCCUACUCGUUUUAUGUGUUUUCCUGUUUAUCCUUUGAGAAAGGAAAUAUCAAUGUGCCAUCACGUUUUUGUCAUAUCUAAUAGUUUCAUUCCUCAUGGGAAAUAUUUUUGCACAAGGUCGGAUGAUGUGUGUCUUUGACUGUUUGUGUGUCUCAGAGUUAAUCAAUUUCUAAUCCAUGUGUGUGAAGUGACAUUUUGAGUCACCGUGUGUGUGUGAUCUGAGAUUUUUUUUUUUUUGAAGUGUGCUAUGCUUUUAUAUUUUACAUUUUUUUUUACAUCAAUUUUUAUUGUUUAACAGAUUUUAUAGUUUAUUUUUUAUCACUUUCCCUCCCUCCUGUCGUUAUUCGGAAUCUCAGCAAUUUUCUGAAUCUCGUGACAGACUGCAGCCAGUGAGCAAUAUUUCACUUUGAUGGAACAUUUUCAUAUGUGACCCAGCUGUCAGACAAAAAUCAAUGUGUCUGUGCUGAGUUUGACAGGACUGAAUGGAAAAAUGCUGUCCAUGUGUUCUUCAACACCCUGGUACUUAAACAGACUUCAGCCGUGUUGAAAUUCAAUCUGUAAAUUACCAUGUAAACUUUGACUUAAUACAAGAAAACAAACAAAAAAAAAAGUUCCACAGGACACUUUGAAAUGCAGUGAUGGAAACAAAGUUGUCAGUGUUGGGUCCAGCUGUUCACCUGUUUAAGAAAAGCUAACAUCUGCAGUGCAUGGUUCUGCAUCAGUGCGACAACUCGGUGUCAUAUUUUCUCUCCAGGGUGAUAUGAUUUGUGUAAAUAUGUUAUUUGCUGUAUCUGCUACAAAAAAAGGCAGUGCUAAUUGUUUUAUUAAUUGUUUUAUGUUAUUAUCUGUGGCCAUACUGAAUGUAACCUAUUGUGCAACAGAUCACUAACGAUGUAUGCAAAGAAAAGCACUACCACGUUUAAAUAA